CGCUCUCGCCACAUCUGGGCAGAGUUAAAGGUCCGGGCGAACCGCGGCUUUUCAGAUCGAAGCGAAACCGGACCGGGAUAGCACCGGGGCAGAGCGGGAUUGGACUGGGACAGAGUUGGAUAGCACCGGUUCGCACCGCAAUAGGACCGGGACAGUCGGGACAGGACCGGCACAGAGCGGGAUUGGAUCGGCAAAGGAAGGGCUACAACCGGGAUAGGACCCUGUGGAACGGGAUAGAAUCUGCACUGAAGCGGGUUUGACCCGGGAUUAGACCGGGCCAGGAGCGGGACCCACGCAGUUCCAGGGCCGAUGCUGCAGCGUGGACCCAGGUGACAAUGGCGAGUGUGUUGUCUCGACGUCUGGGUAAACGAUCAUUGCUUGGUGCCACUGUUCACACCCCCAGUCCUUCCGGGAGUGGGAUCCUUAUUCCUGGUGUUAUACAAGCGUACCGACUAGAUUCUGGGAAAGGCAACUCCUCCUACACUGUCUCAUUUGAGGAUGGUCAGUUUAAGGAGUACAGCGAGGACAGCAUCAUCGGGCCAGGGUUCCAGAGUCUCUCUCGUUUCAAACUCUACCCGGGGCAGAGGGUUUAUCUAACCCACAGUGGACGGGAGUAUGUGGGGCUGGUCGAGCAACACAAUCACCUGGACAACGAGGUCCUGGUCUACGUGAAGGAGCUGGACCUGCGCUCGCUGAGGAAAAUUGAAGAUGUCCGAUUGGCGGAGAGCCGGAAGUCACCGCGCCUCCAGGAACAGGAGAGGGAGAAUCUGAGAGCAACGAGCAAACAGACAGAGAGCAAGAGGAUCCACUGCUCGGAGAGCAUUGAUAUCCCUCCAAGAGGCCCAGGAGUGGUCGAUAUGGAUGAAGUCAUGGCGGCCAUGGUACUGACCAGUUUGUCAUCCAGCCCAUUGGUCAACAGCCCCUUGAACAGCAGCACCAUGCCAGGAUUGGCUGAAUCUGGGAGUGAGACCACGAGUGGGAGCAGCGGCAUAUGGAGCUGGGGCAGCGAUACCCCCUCUCCCGCCACACCGCCAUUCGGCCAGUCUGCUGGGCUAGCUCAGGGAGGGGAUAGCUCUGAACGAUAUAGCACACAGCCCCUACUGCUUGAGGAACCGACAGCUCGCAAACGGAAGAACUCCAUGAAGCUCCUGUAUCGCUGUAUGUGGCCUCUCUGUCAGAAACUGCUCUCCUCACCGGCUGGAAUCCGCAGGCACAUCCGCACUGUACACCUCGGGCGUGGUGACUGUGAACACAGCGAUGGAGAAGAGGAUUUCUAUUACACUGAGAUCUCAGUGAGUGAAGAUGAGAACCCAGACACUGUGAGCACACGGCGCUGUGUGUCUCCACCUGCUGUACUCCAGGACCAGAGGGUCUCCAUCACUCCGUCACAGGGAGGCAGCUCUGAACACCAGCACCCAGGCCCCCUCAGUCAGUCUGCUCCCAGCUCUCUGUGGCAGGUCUGUGUCGACCACACCUACCAGAUCUCUCCAGAUUACCGCUGUGCCUUCACAUUUGGGGAUUGCUCUGUCCAGCCACAAGUGGCCCUGCUGAAGCCCCAUGUUGUUUUUGCCUCUCCAGUGCCCAGCUUCAGUGGGACAAGGAAGAUCCGCGGGGAAGCUAAGAAGUGCCGCAAAGUGUACGGUUUGGAGAAUCGAAACCAGUGGUGCACAGCCUGCCGCUGGAAAAAAGCCUGUCAACGUUUCCACGACUGACUCAACGAGGAGUUACCGUGGGAACAGGGAGACUCCCGGCAUCGCCCCCUUCUCAUGGGGUUUCUGUCUGUCAGCUCAUUGUGUGAAGAGAGAUUCCCCAGGAUUGAGACAGAGUGGAUUUCCCUCAGAAUGACAGGCUGACGUUGGAGAAUGUUGGCCGAUAGACUAGGAGCCUGCAAUCGAGGUUUCACCUCGUCCCGGACUGUGGCCGGGGUGGUGAAAGGAAAUUCUCUCUCUCUCUCUUUGAGAACGGUUAUCCUCCAGGUUGGAGGGAAGGGAUUGACAGGAAUGUUCUGAUGGACUACGUCUCUUAGAGCCUGGGACUCAGAGCUCCAGCCUCGUCUGAGCAUUGAUAGGACCCACUGACCUUCCUUGGGACAGGGCCUACUAACAGCAUCCAGAGAUUCCAGAUUCUCAGGCACAGCAUCACUCCCUGGAAAUGGAAUGUUCCUGGAUUCAAUCACCUUUCCAAUUGGGAUGCUCCAUCUGCCAUUGGUCAUUUGUUUUUCCUCCAACGGGAUUCCUCAGGGAUUGGAGAGAAAGGAGCCCAGCUACCAAACUUCAGAGUGAUGUCAGUAAAGGUUCUUCCAAAACUCCAUGUGUCUGUGUUUGGAAUCUCCUCGUUGUUUCAGACACUGAGUGAUUAAUGACAGCCCCAGGAUGUUUAUAAUGACCUGGAUCAGUCUCAGUGUAACUCUCUGCAGGACCGGCUGGCAUUGACGUAGGCAUUGGAAUGGACUACUGCAGAAAGAGCCCAGACCACUCUGCAGAGUCCUCCUUACUAACACUAGAUUUAGGUUUAUUGUCAUGUGUCUAUAAAAUUACAGAGAAAAGUGUUUUCUUCAUAUGUUUCACCACACUCUGGUGCCAUCUUGAAACACUGAAUAUAAUGCAAGAUUUUACUGCAAUAGAGUUUAUCUUUCUCUCUUCUUCAGGUUCCUCCUCCUCUGCUCCUCCAGUAGCUGCUUGACCUUGGCUGGAGACUCUGCAACAGGCUCCUAUUUCCAGGCCUUCAGGCUGCAACUCCCAUGACUGCCAUGUCUGAGCUGGAGCCCUGGGCCUGGCUAUGUGCAGGUUCAGUUCCUCCUGAUCCCCCAUCUGAAGCACCUCCCAGAUGCUGCCGCUGGUUAUCAGUAUUUAGGAUCCUCCACCAUCCAUCCCUUUCACCGCUUCCACUGUUCCUUCUGGAGUCAAAAUGUGUGGUGCUAGAAAA